GAGAGAGUAGAAGCAGCAGACUUCAGGUCGGAGCUCGUAGGCUCACACAGCCGCAUCUGCAUCCGGAUCAGGCUCCAGCGUCGGCGGCUACGUAGAACCUGGAGUCUCGGGGGUGGACCUGGAGCUGCUCCGCUGCGGGUGUUGGAAGAUCGACCCUCGCCAAAGGAGACAUGAAGGCCUACAGAGGUAACCGAUCGUGUGCAGGGCUAAUACAUUAAUACUUUGGGAGACUGCAGAAAGAAACAUCUCUGACUGGUGCACCUGCUGGCAUGAACUAGCCCAAAGAGGAGUCUAAAAUCCAACAAACCACAGAGGAUGUCGUGGGCCAGAGGCUUCUUUGUGGGCCGAGUGGACGAGCGGAAGACAGCGUGGGGAGAGCGCAAUGGCAAAAAGAAGAACGCCAAGUCCUCGCUAUGCACUUCUCGCUACAUGAGCUGUCUCAGGGACCCCGAGGACCCGGAGCCCCGGAAUGCGGUCGGCCGCCAUUACCACACUCGAGCGGGGACGAGCGGAGGGAACUUCGGCCUGCACUGCGGAUGGCAAGAGGACCACUACGGGAAAAGGAUGGGCGAAGGAGUGGAUCUGGGCUUGAAGGCAGUAGACUUGGGCUUUGAGGAUGGCGAACCAAAGGGGAGGAAGGAGGAUGACUUUGGGGAAUCCGCCGAAGGCCGGUGCAAGGCCUUGAGCGCCACCGACUGCUGGAUGCGAGUAUUGUGGGUUUUUCACUCAAAGAAGUUCCAGUCGGCUAAACUGGAGCGUCUGUACCAGCGCUACUUCUUCCGACUCAACCAGAGUUCUCUCACCAUGCUGAUGGGGGUCCUGGUGGUGGUGUGCGGGGUCAUGCUAACCUUCCACUGCAUCCAACGGGCUCCGGACGUGGCCUACGUCACCGUCCUCUGCGUGGCCAUGACACUUUUCCUGGCCGUGAUGGUGGUGUGCAACCGCAACUGCUUCCACCAGGACUACAUGUGGAUUGUGAGCUACCUUGUGAUCGGGGUGCUGAUUGUGGUGCAGGUGUAUGGGUUGCUGAUGGUGAAGCCCCGCAGUGCCUCGGAGGGCGUCUGGUGGACGGUCUUCUUCAUCUACAUCAUCUACACACUGUUGCCUGUCCGAAUGAGAGCCGCUGUACUUAGCGGCAUCACGCUGUCAGUCAUCCACACGCUGACGGCGUGGCAGAGAAAUCGAGAGGACACGUUCAUCUCGGAAUUGAUAAGUGCCAACAUUGUCAUCUUCCUGUGCACCAACAUGAUCGGGAUCUGCACCCACUACCCCGCUGAAGUCUCCCAGAGACAAGCCUUCCAGGAAACCCGAGGAUACAUCCAGGCCAGAAUUCACCUGCAGAGAGAAAACCAGCAGCAGGAGCGCCUCCUACUGUCAGUGCUUCCCAGGCACGUCGCCAUGGAGAUGAAAGCUGACAUCAAUGCCAAGAAAGAAGAUAUGAUGUUCCACAAGAUCUACAUUCAAAAACAUGACAAUGUUAGCAUCUUGUUUGCAGACAUCGAGGGCUUUACCAGCCUGGCGUCUCAGUGCACGGCGCAGGAACUUGUCAUGACGCUCAACGAGCUGUUUGCCCGUUUCGAUAAAUUGGCAUCGGAGAAUCACUGCCUCCGCAUCAAGAUCCUGGGGGAUUGCUACUACUGUGUAUCGGGACUGCCUGAACCUCGGGCUGACCACGCCCACUGCUGCGUGGAGAUGGGCGUGGAUAUGAUCGAAGCCAUCUCACUGGUGAGAGAAGUGACGGGCGUCAACGUCAACAUGCGAGUGGGCAUCCACAGCGGGCGCGUCCACUGCGGCGUGCUGGGUCUACGCAAGUGGCAGUUUGACGUGUGGUCCAACGACGUGACGCUCGCCAAUCAAAUGGAGGCCGGCGGGAAGGCCGGACGCAUCCACAUCACCAAAGCUACUCUUCAAUACCUCAACGAGGAUUACGAAGUAGAGCCCGGCUUCGGAGGGGAGAGGAACGCCUACUUGAAAGAGAACAACAUUGAAACUUUUUUGGUGCUCGGUUGCAGUCAGAAAAGGAAAGAGGAGAAAGCCAUGAUGGCGAAAAUGCAGCGAGCGCGCGCAAACUCCGCCGAGGGAUUGAUGCCGCGUUGGGUGCCUGAUAGAUCCUUCGCCAGAACCAAGGAGUCCAAAGUCUUCAGGCAGAUGGGUAUCGACGAAGCAUCCAGCAAGGACAACCGUUGCGCUCAGGAGGCCCUGAACCCCGAAGAUGAAGUGGAUGAGUUCCUGGGCCGAGCCAUCGACGCUCGCAGCAUCGACCAGCUACGCAAAGACCACGUCAAGAACUUCCUGCUCACCUUUCAAACUGCUGAACUGGAGAAAAAAUACUCUAAAAAGGUGGACGACGGCUUCGGCGGCUACGUGGCCUGCACCCUUUUGGUUUUUUGCUGCAUCUGUAUCAUUCAGAUGAUCGUUUUAAAAAUAACGCCGCUUAUGCUGGGUCUUUAUAUUAGCAUCUUCAUCAUCUUAACCAACAUCCUCUUCAUCUGUUCAAUCUACUCCUGCAUCAAACUAUUCCCAGUCGCCUUGCAGACGCUAACCAAGAGGAUCGUGCAGUCCCGCGCAAACAGCACGAUGGUGGCGGUCUUCACCAUCCUCCUCCUCUUCAUCGCUUCUUUUGCUAACAUGUUUACGUGCAGCAGAACUGAACUGAAGGACUGCGUGGCUGAGGAGCAGCGGAACACGACAGUGACGCUCUGUCUGCUACACAACCUCACCAAGACGGCAAAGGACGGCUUCAACGUGUGUUCCGGCCAGGUCAUACCUUGCCCUUUCCCUCAGUAUUUCAGCUACAGCGUUCUGCUGACCUUGCUGGUCUGCUCGGUGUUCCUCCACAUCAGCAGCAUCGGGAAGUUAGCGCUCACGCUGCUCAUCCAGCUCGUCUUUCUCCUGCUGGUGGAGUGGCCUCAGGUGGUCCUCUUCGACAACGCCGACCUGCUGGUCAAAGCCAACUCGCUGCCUGCUUUCAAUGCAACAGCGGAACAGUGCCUGGAGAGUGUGACCAAAGUGCCGCUGAAGGUCAUGACCCCUGUCAUCCUGACCGUCUUUGUCCUGGCACUGUACUUGCACGGCCAGCAGGUGGAGUCCACCGCACGGCUCGACUUCCUCUGGAAGCUGCAGGCCACAGAGGAGAAGGAGGAGAUGGAGGAGCUGCAGGCGUACAACCGCCGCUUGCUCCACAACAUCCUGCCCAAAGAUGUCGCCGCCCACUUCCUGGCUCGCGAGCGGCGUAACGACGAGCUGUACUACCAGUCGUGCGAGUGCGUGGCAGUCAUGUUUGCCUCCAUCUGCAACUUCUCCGAGUUCUACGUGGAGCUGGAAGGCAACAACGAGGGCGUCGAGUGUCUCCGGCUGCUCAACGAGAUCAUCGCUGAUUUCGAUGAGAUCAUCAGUGAAGAGAGAUUCCGUCAGGUGGAAAAAAUCAAAACCAUCGGUUCCACUUACAUGGCCGCCUCCGGCCUCAACGUUUCCAGCUACGACCGAGAAGGUCGCUCGCACAUCCUAGCGCUGGCCGACUACGCCAUGAGGCUCAGGGAGCAGAUGAAAUACAUCAACGAGCACUCUUUCAACAAUUUCCAGAUGAAAAUCGGGCUGAACAUGGGACCAGUCGUGGCCGGGGUGAUUGGAGCCAGGAAGCCCCAAUAUGAUAUCUGGGGGAACACGGUCAAUGUGGCUAGUCGCAUGGACAGCACCGGGGUACCAGACUACAUUCAGGUGACCACAGACCUUUACCACGUGCUGGCCAACAACGGCUACCAGCUGGACUGCAGAGGACUGGUCAAGGUGAAGGGCAAAGGCGAAAUGACGACUUAUUUCCUGACCAGUGGCCCCCCUAGCAGCUAACCAUGGACCCUUAAAAAAAAAAAAACACCCCACAGGGUUGACAAAUGCUGUUAGUGUCUUGUCCCCUACACACACACACACACACACACACAGGGCUCUGUUGGUGGUGUUUGAAGGCUUUUUUUUUUUUUUGCACAAGCGAGCACAAAGCCCAGUUGCCUUAGGACGGGAGUGUGCUUGUUGUGUGUGAGCUGUACAAGUAUUUUCUCUGGACUCCUAAUUUAUUUUUAUUUCUUCUGUGCAGAUGGAUUUUUAGUGAUGUACAGUACAAAAAGGAUAAGCUAGAAACAUUAUGAAGGAAGAACACGACCAAAGAACAACACUGAGACUCUGUCCCAAGUAUGCUCAUUUAAUCGUGUUUGUGCCGUCAAGUCACUGAGGGACACACACGCACGCACACACGUGGACGAAAUGGCCACAGAUAACGAGUGCAAACAAUAUGCUUGACGUGCGUGUGUGUGUGCAUACGUGAGAGUGUGUGUGUACAUGUGAGUGAGUGAAACAGACUGCUGAACUUUUCCUACGACGAAGCAUACUGUAACUUUUCACUGUGAGUUUUUACUAUAUGCGAUCAUGCUUUCUUGUUUGCAUGGUUCCUAUUCAUCUCCAGAACUUCUGGUAGAUCGCAAGAGGAUCAUGUCCACUUUGACGCCAAUGUUAUUCCAAGCAAAAAUAUUUCAACGCAAAAGUAUAUUUUUUGAAGAGAUUCAGGACAGAGCGCAUACACGGCGACUUUUUUUUUUGCCUUGAUGUGAACCAGUCGCGAUGGACCAAUUUUCCAGACUUGUUUUCGUCAUCCCUCAAACUGUCCGUCGAAUGUAUGUCAGAACAAAACGUGAUAUGACCACUGAAGGACACGCGACACUUUGGGAUUCCCCGUUUUGCUGCAAAUGAAUACAGUGUACUUGCGCUGUACAUGCACUGCAAUGUUUAGGAGCUGACUUUUCCGUGGAGGUCCAAAAUAUUUAUGCCUUAAAAGGUGACGCCUUUGCCUGAGAAGUCAACCAAAUACCCCUUAAUCGUUGUUUCUUCGAUAGGACCGCAGCAAAUAAUUUCGUUUUUUUGCCUUACUUGUGUGUCCCUUUCUUGUCUCUUGGUGCACUUCUACAGCACGACUGUAGCAUCUAUUUUACAAAAUAAAAGAAAAUUGUCCAACUA